AUGGAGGCAAUUUUUGCGAGGUCCUCCGUUGAUAAUCAAUCAAUAUAUCCUUACAAGCAAAUCAAGAACCAAUCAAAGAAAAACGCUCGAGGUCUUGCUUCAGGAUCCAGUGAAAACUUGGCUCCCACGAACAAUAACAUCCGUGGAGGUGGUGGUCUCUUGUUUGGUGUUCCUCCUUCUCUCUCCUUCUCCUAUCCUUCAUCGUCUUCAUUUUCAGUUCUCUAUCCACAUCGACAAAUUCAAAGGCAAUCACAGCCACCUCUUCUUCCACUUCCAAUCUCCAGACCCCACAAUUCUUUACCUUAUUCUCGUACCCGAGACCUCGCUUGCCCACCUACUUGUAGAAAAACAAAUCGAACCAGAGAUCACUCUCUAACGCCUAAGAAAUCUAAAGAGCCCAUACCCAGAAGAGACUCGAAACCAACUGAAGCAGCUCCAGUAUCAGCCAAGUCUUUCAUCAUUGCAUCGACUGCACCAUUAGGGCCCGACCCUAACGAUCUACCAAAAGAUGUUUCUAAGGUUUUAUCAUCAUCAGCGUCAUCACCAUCGUCUUCAUUAAUAGUAGAUAAUGGUGUUAUUCCUAUUGGUAUCAAAGAUUUGGAUUCAGUGUUUACACUAUCUCCACACCCGAGCAGCUUACCGUUGCCAAAGUUUUUUACGAGGCCAAAACUCAGUUGCACUGCAGAAGCUGCUGGGAUCGACGCCGGAGCAACAGAUAAUCUCCGGCGACUUUUACGUCUCCCUUGA